AUGGCCCCUGUCAACAAUACCAAUUACACUUCAUUUUCUAGCGAAGAAGACUUUGAAAAUGCUUCUCGAGGGUUUAUUGAUUCUCUGAAGCCAUGCACUAUCCGUGCGCGCGACGGAAAUGUCAUAUGGGACAAUGACCAAUAUUCUUUUCUCGAGGACGAGUGCCCCGAGACGGUCAAUCCAAGUCUUUGGAGACAGGCCCGACUUUGCUACAAGCAAGGGCUUUUCGAGGUUGCUCGAGGCAUAUAUCAAGUCAGGGGUUUUGAUCUUUCGAACAUGACCGUGGUAGAGGGCCAGCAAGGGGUCAUUGUGAUCGAUCCACUUAUUUCCGCUGAGUGUGCGGCAGCAGCUCUAGAAUUAUAUCGCCAACAUCGUGGGAAUCGGAAGGUCACUGGUCUGAUAUAUUCACACUCCCAUGUGGAUCAUUUUGGGGGUGCAGCGGGUGUGCUUCCAUCUUACGGGCUGUGGAACAACUCAUCUAAUUUGAAUGAGCCCGUGUCCAUCCCAAUUCUCGCGCCUGAGCACUUUAUGGAGGAAGCAAUCAGCGAAAACAUAUUUGCAGGACCAGCGAUGCGCCGACGGGCAGCAUUGAUGUUUGGAAAUCGUUUGGUUAAAGGUUCCCAAGGCCAGGUCAGCUCCGGGCUUGGGUUGACCAGCUCCAGUGGCACUAUGGGGCUUAUCCCGCCAAAUGUGGAUAUCAAACGGACAGGGGAGGAGCAUGUCUUGGACGGAGUAAGAAUGAUCUUUCAAAUGGUUCCGAACACAGAAGCACCGGCAGAGAUCAAUCUUUAUCUCCCAGAGCAACGGGCUCUCCUUAUCUCGGAAUGUGCUACUCAUUGUAUGCACAACAUCGGUACCCUGAGGGGCGCUCAAGUACGGGAUGCAAAGGCGUGGUCUAAAUACCUCGAUGAAUCUUUGGCACUGUUUGGAAACAAGUCUGAUGUCUUGUUUGCUAGUCAUCACUGGCCAACUUGGGGCCAGGAGAAGCUCAUGCAGCUCAUAUCAGAGCAACGUGAUCUAUACGCCUACCUUCAUGACCAGACAUGCCGAAUGAUGAAUCUUGGGCUCACAGGAACUCAAAUCGCAGAAAGAUUGGAGCUGCCUACAUCGCUACAGCAGGCCUGGCAUAUUAAAGGAUAUUACGGCUCUCUUAACCAUAACGUGAAAGCCAUAUAUCAGCGAUACAUGACUUGGUUCGACGGCAAUGCGGCCCAUCUGUGGCAGCAUCCGCCAGAAAAUGAAGCAAAGCGGUACGUUGACUGCAUGGGAGGCGUGGAAAAUGUUGUUAGAAAGGCCCUAGAGUAUCGUGACAACGGCGAUCUCCGCUUUGCGGCAACUUUACUUGAUCACGCGCUUUUCACGGCGCCUACAUCUGCUGUCAGAGAAGCUUCGGCGUCGGUCUUUGAGCAGCUGGGAUAUGGGGCAGAGAACGCCAUAUGGCGCAAUUUCUAUCUUACCCGCGCUCAAGACAUCCGCAACAAGGUUGAAUUCCAGGUUUCCAAACCCGCAGAAGUUCAGCCAAUUAAUCCAUUGCUCUCUGUGGACGACUGGCUGGAUUGUAUUUCCAUUCAGUUAGAUGGUGGCCGGGUAAAUGGCGAGAAAUUUACGAUCGAAAUCCUGAUGCACGAUGAGAAAUGUCGCUGGGCAUUGUCCUUGAGCAAUGGCGCUUUGACUUAUCGGAAACAGCCACUUGAGCAUGCUUCCCACCAACGGGCAGAUUUAAUUCUGAAUUUGAAUAAAGGCCAGCUUGCUGAUGUCCUUCAAGGUGAUCUUCAGGUUAUUGAACAAGCCGAAGGGAAUUUAGACGUCCUAACCAAGCUUCUGGGUCUUUUGUCCGUUGGUAUCAGAGGACGGCCAAGGUUAUAG